AUGGUAAAAGCAGAUGUAAAAAAUGGUAGUCGUCUCCCUGAUCUCAUUCACCACAGGCUACGAGUGCUCACACAGGAUGGUAGAGUAUAUAUCGGAGAACUAAUGGCGUUCGAUAAAUACAUGAAUAUGGUGUUAGCUGACUGUGUCGAAGAAAGAAUACCAAAAACACAAGUAGCCAAACUGCAAGAUAUUAAAGAUGGCUCAACACCAAAAGUGGAGAAGCGAAUUUUGGGGCUGACUAUAUUAAGAGGCGAACACGUCCUGACAACGGUUGUUGAAAGUAAGCCAACUCUGACAAAGAAGGAUCGAUUAAGUGGCGUCAAGAAGCAAGACAAGCAGUUGCAAAAACAGAAGAAUCAAAGGAGCACUAAAAGGCAAAAAGUAGAUCCUAAAUCUAGCAAUAAAGUGAGCAAGCCAACAGCUACCAGCGGCAGAAACAACGACGAAAUUCCAAGAAGGAAGUUCCAACCGCCUCCAGGCUUCAAAAGAAGAUAA